ACAGGAGGAGACGGCCAACAAAAAAAUACACCUGGCAAAGAAAAACAAGCAGCAACACCACCACAACCAGUCCCAGUGCCACACCCUAAACCGUCAGGAAGUGCAGGAGAAUUAUUAUUAGGAGGAGGGCGAUUAGAGGAUGCACUGCCAGAAACACCAGUGAAAAAAAACGCUCCAGCAGCUCCAUCACCGACGGCAUCAUCCCACACCGCAUCGUUGCCAUCAAAGGAGGACACAGAAACCAGGAAGCCAGCCGACGAUCCGCAGAAAAAAGACAAAAAACCAACAACAGAUGCCAUACAAAAUGCGACAACUGAGGCUCAGGGGGAAACAACUUCAUCAUCUUCUGCGGCGGAUGACAAUAACGCUGUCACCAAUGAAGCUGACGAGGGAAAUGCGGAGAACGCCAACGAUGGUUCCGCAUCUCGUGCCGCAGUGCCAAACGAAAAACAACGACGUGAACGAGAGGAUGGCAGCGGGAAGGAAACAGAACCAGCAGCAACGCCACAAGUAAAAAAUGAAAACCCCGGCUCUGCAGACGCUGUUUCAGUACAACAGGUACAGAAAGCUCAAAGUGGCCGGGAGUCAGGGAGUGAGUCAAGAAAAGAAGACAGUGCUCCCACCACAAACAAACAACAGGAUGGAACAUCUGACAGCCAUGCCGAAUCAACUCCAACAUCACGCUCAUCAGCAAAAAGUGUUGCCGCCAGUAAUGGCCCUGAAAAGGCUACUGAGGAGGAGAUUUCCAAUAAAAAUACGGCAGGUGUAGAUGCAGUACCAGAAGCAGCACAAGCAGAUGGAAAUAAAGAUGAUAAUAAGAAAGAAACACCAAUAAAAAGCUCAGCUAUUGCAAAUGGUACGGCUCCAACAGGCGACAGUGACAGCAGCACCGCGGUCUUCCACACCACCUCCCCUCUUUUGCUUCUUCUUCUUCUUGUUGCGUGUGGGGCUGCGGUGGUGGCCGCGUGA